UUAGAUUCACACAUUUUUGGGGUUUAAAAUUGUGAACAACUGCGUUUUUACUGCGAUCAAAAAUCCUUUGGGAGGCAAAUUAUUUUACUAAUAUAAAACAAACCAAACUUAAAGAUGUCUAUGGAAGACUUGCGUCAAGACGUAGCGGAGUUGAAUAAACUGCUCGACGGGGUUAUACGUCCUCGUAUUCGAAAUACUUUACUUGCCGCUAAAGCCGAGAUUGAGAAAGAAAUUGUUACUCUAGAGAUGAAAGAGCACCUUGCCACCCAAAAGAAAGCAGGGGGUGCAGUUGCAACACCGAAAAGAUAUUUGGUGGAAUUGACUGAAUACGCUUGGGACCAGAGUGACAAGUUUGUAAAGUUGUUUGUUACAUUGGAUGGUGUCCAAAACAUUGACGAAUCGAAUGUUGACGUCACAUUCAAUGAAAAUUCAUUGGUAUUGAAAGUCAGCGAUCUAAAGGGCAAAGAUUAUGGUUUGACUAUCAACAACUUGCUCGAUAGUAUAAAUAUAGAGAAGAGCUAUCGCAAAGUUAAGAAUGACAUGGUCGCCAUUUAUUUAAAGAAAAAUGAGGAAGGCAAACAUUGGGACCACCUAACCACCAUACAGAAGCGUUUGAAGCAAAAGUCGGAUGCUGAAUUCGAAAACUCCGAGGAUGCUUCACCUGAAAAUGCUCUUGUGAACAUAAUGAAGAAAAUGUAUAACAGCGGUGAUUCAAAAACAAAACAAAUGAUUGCCAAGGCGUGGACUGAAGGCCAACAAAAAGCCCAUUUACAGAAUGAGAUUUAAUGACACAUUUUUGUUCCGGUAUAAAACAAAACAUUCUUCAAUGCGAUAUUUAACAAAUAUAUUUAUAUAAUUUUUUUUUUUACAUUAUAAGUGAAAAUAGAUUAUUUCAAAUAAACCAUAGUACAGUAAUUACGCA